GAGAAGCUGUGGGAUGGUGGUUGGCUUCUAUGCCAGUUGCUUCCUUACAGAUAGUCAGAGUUCAACAGCAACCACCUUAAGAUGGUGUUUUGCUCUUAAUAGUUUGAAAUUGGAUUGCAAGACAAGGAGAAUGUUUGAGGAAAAGGGGCGUUACAGGUUACAGGCAGGAGAGACAGAGCCAAGCCUCUGCCAUUCAAGAUGGAUUCUAGCGGUCCAUGGGACCUUGCCAGAGCUAAUGAAGGGAACCCAAGAGUCAGAUCCAAGUUUAUUGCACCAUGUUAUUAUAUGAACAAGAAUCCGACAAUAUCAGAGGGUGAAAACCAACGAGAGAUUUGUGUUAGUUCUAUUUUUCUUGAAGGUGAGGAUAUAAAUAUGAGCAUUUCACAUGCUGCUGAUUCUAUUAGUUUGAAAAAGAUACCAAGAUAUGAAGUUAAAAUUAUUGACGAGGAUGACUGGAUGAAAGGAGCUCAGUUUGGUGCUGCCUUUGCCAUUGGAGUCGAUAUAGAUUCACAAGCAAUUGCAUCAGCAUCUGAAAAUGAUACUCUGAAUAACAUCAGACCAGACAAGCUGCAACUGCACUUGAUUGCAAGCCAAAUUUCUUCAUCCUGCAGGGAUGACUGGCCAUCUAGAGUUGUCGAGGGAGAAAAUGCUUUCGAGAUAGACACAGUCACUCACAAGGAUAAAUAUGAUGUGGUCAUCGCAAACAUACUUUUAAAUCCUCUGUUAAAUCUUGCUGAUCAAAUUAUCUUUUCUGUAAAGCCUGGAGCAAUUAUUGGUCUCUCUGGAAUCUUAAGUGAACAAGUCCAGAACUUAUUACAAAAAUAUUCACUAUUCUUAGAAGGCAUAGAAGUGUCGAAAAUGGAUGACUGGGCAUGUGUGAGUGGCAGAAAAAGAAAGAAUAUAGAUAUCUGCUGAUUCGUUGCUGUAGAUACUUGGUCUAGGGGUUUAACUUUUCUCAUCCAAUCAUUCUUUGCCAUUUUAAUGCCACCCAGAAUGUUUUACAAGAAGCAACAUGUUGAUGAUAUACUAGGAAUUAUAGUUGAUGAUCAAUACAUUUUGUUUGUGUUUUGAAUUAUAUAUAUUGACUUGCUUGUUUAUAGUA